AUGAGUGCCACCAGUGUUACCGCCGUCACUCAGCGCUUAGUUUCCAAACGUCAAACUUUGGACGAAGCUUAUGCUCCACCUGCGAAUUUCUUGGAAAUAGAAGUAAUCAAUCCAAUUACUCAUGGUGUUGGCAAAACGCGUUAUACUGAUUAUGAGAUUCGAUUGAGGACAAAUCUGCCUAUAUUCAAGCAUAAAGAAUCUUUUGUUCGUCGUCGUUACUCGGACUUCGAGUGGCUUCGAGGUGAAUUAGAACGGGAUAGUAAAAUUGUUGUACCACUGCUACCCGGUAAGGCAUUAAAGCGACAGUUGCCUUUUCGUUCAGAUGAUGGUAUAUUCGAAGAAUCUUUUAUAGAAGAAAGGAGAAAGGGAUUGGAGUUAUUUGUGAACAAAGUAGCUGGACAUCCACUUGCACAAAACGAACGAUGCUUGCAUAUUUUCCUACAGGACCCAAUCAUUGAUAAGAACUAUAUUCCUGGAAAAAUUCGUGCGACAUAA